AAAUGAUCCUCAAUAAUCCUUUCAUACCGAUUUUAUUUUUUAUUUAUAAAUUUAUCAUAAGCACUUCAGUCAGGUUUCGCAUAUAAAAAGGAAUUUUCAUAAUAUUCGCACUUAAACAGAAUCAUGAAGUACUACUGUGUAGGUUUGUUGGUGCUCUCUGGCCUCUGUGCCGGUGCUACAAUAGAAAAGCAGCCAGAAAUCAAAUUCAUUAAGGGCGGCUAUUCUGGAAGCUGCACCACAUCCAGAUAUUGGGACUGUUGUAAACCCACUUGCUCUUGGAGUGGAAAUACCGACACUAGUGUGGGACCAGUAAAAUCUUGUGCCAUAGAUGGCGUAAGCGAUAUCGAUGGAAAUACUCAAUCCGGAUGUGAAAAUGACGGAAAUGCUUACAUGUGCAAUGCCCAACAGAGUGUCGUUGUCAAUUCCACGCUAGCAUAUGGUUUUGCCGCUGCCUCCUUCAUCAGCCCCCCGGAAAACAUGUGCUGCACCUGCAUGCUCGUAACUUUUCAACUGGGGCCGUGGGGAGACUGUUCAGGCAAACAAAUGAUCGUCCAGAUUACCAACACUGGCGGCAGCAGUUCCGUUAAUGGUACUGAGAACAAUAUCGAAAUCGCCAUGCCAGGAGGUGGAGUGGGUUAUUACACACAAGGAUGCAAAAAACAAUGGAACGCGCCCGACCAAGGAUGGGGUGACCAAUACGGGGGUGUCUGGACCGAAGCUGACUGUAACCAGCUGCCAGCCGUGUUACAACCCGGAUGUAAAUUCAGAUGGGAGUUUCUGAAUGGAUGUUCGAAUCCCCCGGCCACGUUCCAGCAAGUCGAGUGUCCGCAAGAAAUCGUCGAUAUUUCCGGAUGUAAAAUGGACUAGAUUAUAUAAAUAAAAGUAAAAAAAAAGA